CGCCCGCAGCCCGCCAGGCCGAGUGCUGUGCGCGGCGCCCUGCGCUGUCCCGGAGGAGGUGGCGGCGCCCGCGCGGGGCUGGAGGACGGGGGCGGCCCCCCGUGACGAAAAGGAGGCGGCGGCGGCAGCUGCACGUUCCUCGGUCUGCCUGCGGGCGGGAGCCUCGGAAGGACCCCGGUUGAGCUCCGCCGAGCGGCCUGGCGGGCCCGAAGCUCCCCCAUGCCCACAGUGGGGCCCGGCACGACUGUGAUGCCAGCUUGGCCGGAGCGCCGACGCCUCCGGGACGCAGCAACUUGGUGAGGGGUACAGGGCCCCGGACUAGACAGCACGCAAACUGGGCGCUCCCGCCGGGAGUCUUGGUCGCAGCUCAGGGGCGAGGAGAACUUCAGGCCGGUGGGUCUAUCUGUGGCACCGCCGCGGAGCAGGAUGCCUGAGCGGGCCGCGUGGAACUGGAGCAUGGGCAGCUGGCUACUGGCACUUUGCCUGGCCUGGACUCUCCUGGCCUCGGCUUCCUUGCAGCCUCCAACUCCCACAGUCCCCGUGAAGCAGGGCACCUGCGAGGUGACAGCUUCUCAUCGCUGCUGUAACCGGAACCGCAUCGAGCAGCGAUCCCAGACUGUCAAGUGCUCUUGCUUUUCUGGCCAGGUGGCCGGCACCACACGGGCCAAGCCCUCCUGCGUGGACGCCUCCAUCGUCCUGCAGAAGUGGUGGUGUCAGAUGGAGCCCUGCCUGCCUGGGGAGGAGUGCAAAGUGCUCCCAGACCUGUCGGGUUGGAGCUGCAGCAGUGGACACAAAGUCAAAACCACCAAGGUGACACGAUAGCUCUUGGGGUCAGAGCCUGGACAGAACAGCUUGACUGAAACACGGAUGGAAGUGUGGUACCUGGUUACCAGCCAGCAAGGAUGGAGGUUCCCGUACCUGGACACACGGCCCCUGCCAAAUGCAGCAGCAGUCUUUCCAGGGGCAUUUCAGUUAAGCUGGUCAGUGGAUAUGGACAGAUUUCCAGCCACAUACCUAGUGUUGUGCUGGGCUUUCCUGGGAGACACAGAAGAAGGUGUCCCCUGCCCUCAAAGAAUGUCCUGUCAAGUUGGAGAGUUGACGAAAGACAAUUUAGAUCAUUUAGGUAAAGGUGUGUGGUAUCAGAUUGUGGCUUCUGGGCCACGGGCUGUGGGCAUGCUGGCGGUUUGGGGAUGAGGCUCCCACAGCUCUUCAGCUACCCCCCACCACAGGGCACAGAGACAAGUGGUCACAGUCACCACCCACCUCCCUCGCUCACAUCAGCCUGAAUCCCCAGCAAGCUGCUAACAUGUUGAAGGAAAACACACUCGCCUUUUGUCCAACUGGCUCUGCCUCCUUUGGAUGGGACUGGCGUGACUUGGGGAAGGAAUGCAGAGAUGAAGCCAAACAACUUGCCAGCGAAGCUUCUUCAGAGGCAUGGCUUGGUUUAGGCUGUUCAUUGGCUAUAAGAUGGACAGGACCUUAAAAUCACUGCUAUCCAAGCACCUCAGGUUUCUGUUUGUUUGCUUGUUUGAACAGAUGAGGAAACUGAGUCCCAGAGAGGUGAGGUGAUUUGCCGAAGGCCUCACAACCUGGGCCUCCAAAUCUCUAAGCCUGCGGACCUUUCCGUUUAGCCUGGAUGUGGGAUUCCAACAUGGGCCUUCCAUGUGUUGUUUUUUUGUUGUUGUUUGUUUUCUUAAGAACAGGAACCUGCAAAGAACGGUUGGGCAGCAGCAACAUUUUUCUCAGGAGAUUCUAGAGCAGGAACUUUUUACGAGGUCACUGUUCUCCUAUCAGAAAUAAUCCAGAAUACCUACACACCAGGAUGUGAGGCCACUGGGUCUCCAUUCUGUCCUCAGCUCAAAGCAUUUCAAACAGGCCCCAUGAUAGCCCAGAGGUCACUCAUCCCGGUAACAACUAGGGUACUCUGAGCUGGCAGCCCCAUUGCUCACUCUGCCCCAUCUCUUCCAGUCCUUAGUCUGUAACCCUCAGAGGCUCUGGCUCCAACAGAGGGCCUGGGUGGGGUGGGGUUCAGGGCUGCUCAGAGUCCUCUCCCUUCAAAGGCCAGGCAGGGCAGGAGGAGAGCCCCUGCGGGGCCGGAUGGAGUGUCUGUCCAGGGUUGAGGGUUGGCACGGUCAGACUGACACAGGUUUCAGGGACUCAGAAACGGGUUACUUGGGUCUCUCAUCAGUAAGAGAAUUACAGCCUCAGUGACUGCUGGGUUCAGCUGGGAUCACCAGGAUUGCAGGGUAUGGUGGGGGCCUUGAAGGGAGGGGUGUCAGUAGAGACCAACCUGGACGAUGCUGAAUUCUGACCCUCAGACAAUGGCUUGCGACUGAGUCUCAGCCCCUUCCAUGCUUCUCUUCCUCCCUCCCCGUGCAGUAGAACCAGGACUGUUUGCCUCACUUCAGGGCUUAUCUUGUUCUUGUUUGUGUUUUAUUUUUGGUGGUGGGGUGAACAAUGAUGCCAGCUUCUCACUCGGCUGUAAGUAUCCGAAUUCUGAUAACUUUGAAUCUGCACCUAUGGGGUCAGGAGGUGGGGUGGUCGAGGUGUAGCUCAAAGGUUGGCGUCACCUCCUUCAAGGCUGGCGAGUAGAUUAAGGAGUUGGCAAACUUUUUAGAAAGCGCCGGACAGUAAAUAUUUUAGGCUUUGCAGGCCACAUACAGUCUCUCCGGUGUAUUUUUCUUUGGUGGUGUUUGUUUGUUUUUUUAAAAAAACUUUUAAAAAUGUAAAAUCUAUUCUUAGCUUCAGGGCUGUACAAAACCAGGCCCCAGGCUUUUUUUGGAAGGUUGCCAACCCCAAUGGACCUUUGAAGCAGGCCAUCUUUCAUCUCUGCAGCUUACGACUGCUUGCCAGGCUCCUGGCCUGUCUUCCGUGCAGUGAGAACCUGAGCAUGAGGUCUGGGCCAGGUUUUGUUUUUCUUCUAAUGCUCCUUGAGAGAUUGGUGAGUGAAUUAUUUAGGCUACAAAUGAGACAGCUUUAGCAGUCAGACAAUAAGAGCCUGCUCUUCUGGAGGCCAGGAUGUGGGCUUCUCCACUCCCUCCCCACCCCUUGAGACUGUCCAGUAGGGAGGGAGAGAGAGAGAGGGCUUCAGCCACCUCCACAUCUGCUAUGUCCACAAGCUGCUGGGCUGUGAGCUGGAGGAUGAACCUGAGAAGUAGGGAUGAUGCUGUAAAACCUCCCUCAGCCCCACCUUCCCCAGGCUGCCACCCGCCACCAGCCUCUGCCUCAGCCAAAGUCCAGGCUUCCUGACCCUCCCUGAGGACCUCUCAUCCCUGCUAUAGAGAAGACCUCUUUCCUUUGGCAUAUGCUGGAAUCUGCUAAUUCAUUUGUUUAACCUCUCAAAGCCUCCAUUUCCUCGUAACUUAUUCAGAUAUUUAUUUGGUAGGCUUUGAGGGGUAUCCUUUACAUGGCCCGGGGAGCCCCACACAGAAGGGUCUGGUGGAGAAGGGAAAGUAUCCCACCACCCAAUAGUAGCUCCCUAGGGUCCUAUUUCCAACUAAGUCAAUAUGUGUGCGCAUUUUGCAGCUACUUCAAUGGCAGUUUAGGAAUGCAAAUUAAUUUUCCUGGAGCACCGGGGCUCCUGGAGUCUCCCUUUUCUCCCCUUAAUCAGAUGGGAUCAGAUUUCCUGAAAUUAGCUGGUGCCCCCACCCCCUUAGCUGGGAUGGUUGCCAACUACAGGAGAUCAUGUGGCUAAUUUCUGUGCCUCCUGCCACUUUCAUUAAGGUCUGUGAGUGACAUCCUAAUUAAUGGCCCCCGACAGUGGCCUAGCAUUGACACUGCAGCUUCCUAAAAUCACAAGCUUAAAGCUAGAAAGGAUUUUAGAGAUCAGUUAACCAACUCCCUUACUUGACAGAUAAGGAAAUGGAGGCUCAGAGAGGUUAGGCGAUUUGCUCAAAGUCACACAGCAAGCGGGUGUUAUGUCCUGCCCGGUGAUCAAGAUAGUGCUCUUUACUACACAUUGCCUCUUUACUCCAGUACAGAUGAAGAGGCUGCAAAGAAGGCAGGAUUUAGCAAGGAUGGCUGUGAAAGAGGCUCAUUCUAAAAUCACCCAACCCUGUGAGUACAAGGGACAGAAUGAAGAAGAAUGGAAAGCAUUUAGAGAUACACACACAGAAAGAGGGAAGUAAAGAUAAAAAGGAGGGAUUGCACUCACUCAUUCGGAAGAACAUCAAAACACUAAAGCACAGCACAAAAUAAUUUGAACAAAACCAAUGCCACAUCCCAAACAGUUCAUUUUUGUCCUUUUUGGAGGAGACAGAAUAGAAGCCCUAUUCACCUUUGGAAGGCCGGUGAAGCCAGUCUUAAUGGCUUCUGGGUUCUUUAGACCCUAGUGUGGAGGUCUGCAAACUAAGGUGUGUAGGUCAAAUCUGGUCCACUGACUCGGUAAAUAAAGUUCUAUUGGACUGUAACUGCUCAUUUGCUUAUUAUUGUCUAUGACUACUUUCCUGCUAUGACAGCAGAGCUGACUCAUUGCAAAGAGACCAUAUUGCCUACAAGCCCUAAAAUAUUUACUGCUGGACUCUAUAGAAAACUUUUGCCAACCCCUGCCCUAGCAUUGUUUUUUUUUUAACCUUUCUCAGUACAUCCUUUCAAUCUGGAAAAUGAUGACUCUGUGUUGUAUUUCUGGGUUUAGGAUUUUUUUUUUUUUUUUUGAGGCUGUGCCUGUGUCCCUUUAAUCCAUUCCAGUGUCACUCAUGAGUUCUAACAACCAAAGAAAUGAAGACAUAAAGAGAAAGGCCGAGAAAAAGACUUGAAGCAGGUGACUGCUUCCCUAAUAUGUUGUUACAUCCCAGAUCAGCUCAGUUCAUAUUUUCCAAAUUCCUGUACCUUCUACAGAAACGAACUCCAUGUGCACCCAUGUGUAAAGAUGUACUUUUGCAUGCACGUAUGCCGCUGGGGUUUCUGUGCAUCUGUGGGUUUGAGUACCUCCAUGCCCACAAGCAAAGCUGAUACUGAAAAACUAUACCUAGUUCAGUACAGAGACUGACUAAUCAAGACAGAUGCCAGCCUGUAUGUCAGACCAGGGCAUGCUGGCUGCACAAAGCCCAGCACACAGCUGUACAUUCCCACUCCACCUGCUGGGGCUGACAUGGGGCUCCAGAACGAGAGGGCUCCUUUCUCCCGUCCCCCAGUGGGAGCCGCUGAGCUGGGUCCUGACUUCCUUGGGCUCGUGUUUUGUCACUGCGUAUGGGUCUGGGUGUGUGCAAGGGUACAGAAACUACUGCAGUCAGGUGGCUGUAAACAUCGCAAUGGGGAUAGACAUGUAGACCGGAUAUAAGGAGGACCAGGCAACUGCCUUUCAAAGCUGACGUGGGUAUAAACUCCCCUUCAGUCUGGCUUAGGGAAAGAGGAAUCCUACCAUUUUCAAAGGCUGGACUGACCUAUACGUUGGGUGAUUGGCAAGACACCAUGACUUCUAUUAGUGAACGUCUACCAUGUGUCAAGCACCGUGCUAGGCUCUUUAUCUAGGUAACGGUAUGUUAAAUGGGACUCUUCCCAUCUCAAAAUUUGGGCAGAGGCCCCAAAGGUCAGGAAAAGAAAGAUAGAUAUCAACCAUUCUCAAUUAUCCCCCACAUUCUAAAUCAAGAUACUAUUUCCAUCGAUUUGUGAAAGGACUGGUCAAUAUUCCAUUACCCACCUGCAGGCUGUAUAAGACAGGGCUAAGGGUUCAGGUGGAAAGGCAGCUGGUAAUGACCAUCUGUCUGGAGCGAGUUGCCACUUCUUCCUCUCCCAGCCAAGGGGAACGUGUAGGUGUUGUUGGUUCUCUCUUGCUAUAACCCACUUAAGAGGGGGAUUGCAGGAAAAAACUCCAAGAGCUUGACUUGAAUUGACCGGAGCAUGGGGAACAGAGGGACUCGAGCCUGAAAAAUAAUCAGAAGGUGAGCUGCUGGCCCAGAGAGUGAGUCUUGAAAACUACUGUGGGAGUGAGCUACACGUCCAGAGCUUAGUAGAGCACAGAUGUUUGUGUGUUUUCCAAGGGCCAGAUGUGGACUGCUCCAGAGGGCUGCCUGGAAGGGUGACACCAGCUAGGGAAAGACUGCCAGAAGCCAUGAGGCUGACAGAGCAUCACAAGUGGCCAGUGGGAGGAGAUACCACCCAGAUCAAGGGACCUGUAAGUGAAAGAUCCCCAGCAACAGGGUAUCUUCCAGAAAGCCAGGAAGUUAUCCCAGAAGACAAUAUCCAAACCCUGAUAUGGAAAGAAACUUAGAGAUAUUCAUAGACAUUAAAUAACUUGCUGAAUAUCAAGCAGCUAAUAAAUAACAUGUGCUGGCUUUGUAGUGUGUUGAUUUGGGUAAGCUGAAACCGCAUUUCCCAGAAUCCUCUUCCCUGCAUGGUUCCAGAUAAGAGUUGGCUGAAAGAUUAAUUUGUGAAUGAUUUGGAAGGCAGAGAAGUACGGCAGUAGCAAUUACUCUCUGAAGGUUGUCAUGGUUAGAAAUGCCAGCAGGUCCCAGGCUAUACUCAUGUUUCCUUACUCCACAUCAAGCUUUACUUAGCAACUCCCAGCCCUUCUGAGCAACAGCAACCCGGGCUAACCCUUAGCAAGCCCAGGCCAGAGGCAGAGGUACCAGUCUUCCAUAGAAAGUCUCUAGGAUCCUGCCCUAACAACUGGACAUGCCACCUGGCUACUUUGAGUUUGGUUUUUAGAAAUCUCAACCCUACAGCUAUAGAAAAUAAU